AUGUUUCGGACCGUCCAGCGCCAUUCCCGACGGUUCCGGGGCACCGUGCCGGCGCCGAGACCGAAAAAGAAAUCUCCGGCGGCGCUUUCCAAAGAAGCUCUUGCCGUGACCCAGGAGGUCUCACAGCAAACCAAGAAGAAGUACUACGAUCCGUCCAAUGUGACCUUGGACUUUGAGCUUCUGAACGCCAACUUGGUGAAUAAGAUAUUGGGGGACUCGAGGGACAGAGUGGCUAAACGGCUAGACCAGCCUGGGAAAAGGUGGAAACAGGAUCACAAGUUGGACAUGGAGGAGACCAUACGGCAGUUUAGACUGUACUUGAUGGACGGGAGAAUAUCGCUACAACACAACCUCCAGCCUCUAGAUAUAGGCGACUUGGUUUUGCUCGAUUCCCAGAGCACAUUGGCACACCUCGUGGUGCAGAAACCGCAGGAUCUCAAGACUUCUACCUACACCUUGGUGAACCAUGAAGGUGAAAUAGUGUAUGUGCAUCGGGACCAGAUCAAACUCAGGGUUCCUGGCGUGGUGCCUCCUUCGAAAGUGGAGGAACUCGAUAUGAUCCAGCUUGAGAAAAAACACCCUGGAUUGGCGCCUAUCGGGUUGCCUGAUUCCAAGUUUGCAAGGUCUCCAGAAGCUUUGCCUGAGGGCUGGCUGCCCAAGGAGGAGAAACUGCAAAAGGGUUCCGAUCAGGAGCUUCUGACGACAGGCGACGAUUUCAUUAUGGCCCAGGCGGCGUCGCAAUUGCUCACGGACACAGAUGUGAUUACUUAUAUUGUGCCUACACCUGUGAGAAGGAUCAUUUCCAAACCGCUUGUCGAUACCGCCAUUCUGAGCUUCAGAAAGAUCAAUUCUUUUACUCGCGUGCUCGACAAUGUUCACAAGAUUUUGCAGUACGACGAGAAUAACAGCCUCAUCUCGCUGGCUCGGUCGAUUCCUAUCUUGGAGCUUCUCAACAAGGUGUGGAACUUUGAACGCAAGUACAAGCUUCUCGAACACGCCGACGGUCAGGAGGAGUUUCGGAUUCUCAAUGCCCAGAUUGACUACUUGGGAAUCCAUGGUCCUACGGUUCUCGGAAAGCCCGUUGUGGAGGUGCCCAGUGAGGAGUAUAAAAAGGAAGAUUUUCCCAUCAGCUCCUACAUUGGCUUCAUGGUCGCUUUGGCCCAAAAUCCACGGAAAUGGAAGGUCAACUUCCAGCACAACUCCAAAGUGCCUCUCAAUGUGGAUAUUCUCCCCAUAAGCAAGUCCAUUGAUACAGCUGACGCAUUGGACUUUUUGAAGGGCACUGGCAUCAAGCAGUUCACAAGGUUCUAUACUGACUUUGUGGCGAAGAAGAACUACAAAGAACCCAAGAAGCUCAAGCAGGUCAUGAGCGUGCUCAGGGACUUUGUGGCAGGCAAUAUUGUUGAAGAUAGAAUGUUGGAAAGUGUGGUGGGAAACCUCAUACGAAGCAUUGACCACGCUUUGGAUCUCAGAGGUCUUCGCAAGAGGAAGGAUGUUGCUUAUUCGUAUGAAUACUCCAAGAGCAGGGCACUUGAGAUCAUCACUUCCUUGGACCAAGGGCUCUGGUGCAACCCUUCUCGGUGGUCUUCUUCACUUAAUCUUCCCGAUACGGGGGUUUCACCCAAGAGCGACCUUGGCAAGCAAUACUACGACUUUGUUGAUCAAAAGUUUAAUACGAAGGAUGCACUUUCGGAAGCCGUCAAGGGUGCUUCUGCUACGGAGGCAUUGCUGGAUUUGAGUUUGGAGGCUUUCGAGGAUGAGAUCAAAGAAGCCAAAUCGCCAGUUACCGAUAGCUGGCUUGCUUCUGAUUUCCACCAGAAGGAUCCAUAUGCUUCAGUAAGGGAGGAUUUCCCUAACCUUCCAAUUUAUUGCAUUGACUCGGCCACUGCUCAUGAGAUUGACGAUGGUAUCUCCAUUGAAUACUUGGACGACUCGUUCAAGGUCGUUGUGCACGUCGCUGAUCCAACAUCUGUUCUCAAAGAUUCUUCCAUGCUCAAUCUGAUCGCCUUCGAGAAAGGCACCACAACCUACUUGCCUGAAGGUGCGUCCUUGAUGAUGCCUCAACUCAUUUCGAAAGUCUGCGGUAUGGACGCUCCAGGAAAGAAUAGAUCAUUUGGUGUGGAGAUGUUGGUAAGCCGCAAAGAUUUGGAAACUUUCGAAAAGUCACCAACCUCUGAGGCUGCCCAUAAACUCAUGGAGAGCAUUGUGGAGUCAACAAAGAUCAAGUUUUUGAACAUCCAGGACAAUGCUGUUUGCAUCACGUAUGAAGAGGUGAAUAAGAUUUUGGCUGAUGAAUCCAAUUGCGAGCGGUUUCUGCAAGGCACGAUAGACGGCCAGGAGUCCGAUCCUUUUAACCUCUCUAGAGUUGCAUCGGCAUUGAAAAGUGUCAGGGAGUUUUUGGGUGCACUUGAUUUCCCCAACGAGUCGAGCAAGACCUUCGUUGAUUACAAGCCAAAGGGCGAUGUUGAACAGCCAUACUUCCAGAAAACAGAAAAGGGUUUCAGAAUAGCCAUGGUCAGUGAUGCCGAGCAAGUGCCAGUCAUCAGCAUCGAGAAAGAUGUGGAUCAGUCCCAAGAGUCCAAGUCUCAGGAACUAGUGUCCAAUUUCAUGGUGACUGCAAACCACUGUGCUUCCAGUUUUGCCAUCAAGAACGACGUCCCAAUCAUCUUGAGAACACAGAGGUUGAACCUAAACUCUGACUUCAAAGCUGACAUCAAGGCGCUCAUGGACAAACACAGAAAUGGUCCUGGAAUGACCGUUCAAGAAAUGGCUGAUUUCGGCAAGCACAUGACCGCAGCCAACUACGAGACCAAUCAACAUGGGCACGAGUCCCUCGGGCUUUCGUGCUACUCGCAUUUUACGUCUCCCUUGAGGAGAUACACCGAUAUGGUGAACCAGUGGAUGCUUGGACAGUACCUUGUGAAGCAAGGCGAAUGGACCAAAGAGCAGCAGAAGGAUUUAUCUGGAAUCGCCAACCACCUUCAGAUUUGUCUGAUGAUCAACAAGCAAGCGCAGAGGUCGUCUACUCGGUUCUGGCAAGCAAGCUUCCUCAAGCAAUACUUUGAGCAGUUGAAGCGUGGUGACGUUUCCGAGCCAAUAGAGUUUGAGUUUUUGCUUUUGGGAGACGCCAAACGAGGCGAUGUGAGGUGCAAGCUCAAGUACUUUGACCAGAUGAAGACGACAAUUGUCGCUGACGACGGCGUCAAGAGGCGGUUCAACAGCGGCGAGUUUGAGGUUGGAAAGGUGGUGAAGCCCACCUUUAAGAUAAAAAAGCUAGACAUGAUAGAGCAUGAGUUUACCGUUGAGCUCACCAGUACAUAG